UGGCAGCGGCGGAUAUGAGGUGGCCUUUUGUAGAGCAAGCGAAAAAUAAACACGUAGCUAAUCAGGAGAGCCGCGGACAGCCUCGCAGAUUUACAGGUUCGGGCGCUGAGAGAUUAUUAAGGUGGAUGGAAGAACAGACGGAGGCGUAGUUUUGUUUGGUUACGGGUGCAGCUGGUCACUGUCCGCCCUUGAGUGUGGGGUUUCGGUUACAGGGCGCUUUACGGCUGUGGAGGUGCGGCGGCGGCUCCGGGAGCAAAAAUGGUGCGAGCAGCCCUAGUAACGGCUGCUAGCCUGGCACUGACUGGUGCGGUGGUGGCCCACGCUUAUUUCCUAAAGCACCAGUUCUACCCUACAGUGGUAUACCUCACCAAAAGCAGCCCUAGCAUGGCAGUUUUGUAUAUUCAGGCAUUUGUGCUAGUUUUUCUACUGGGGAAGUUCAUGCGGAAGGUAUUUUUUGGCCAGCUGAGAGCUGCAGAGAUGGAGCACCUGAUUGAGCGCUCCUGGUAUGCAGUUACUGAGACCUGCUUAGCCUUUACAGUGUUCAGGGAUGACUUUUCCCCUCGUUUUGUGGCCCUCUUCACUUUGCUGCUUUUCCUUAAGUGCUUCCAUUGGCUGGCUGAAGACAGGGUGGACUUCAUGGAAAGAAGUCCAAAUAUCUCAUGGGUCUUCCAUUUUAGAGUUGUCUCCCUAAUGGUUUUACUGGGAGUACUGGAUUUCUUAUUUGUCAAUCACGCCUGCCAUAGUAUUAUCACAAGAGGAGCCUCCGUACAGCUGGUCUUUGGAUUUGAGUAUGCAAUUCUUAUGACCAUGGUUCUUACCACGUUCAUCAAGUACACCUUGCAUACUAUUGAUCUGCAGAGUGAGAACCCAUGGGAAAAUAAAGCUGUCUAUAUGCUCUACACAGAGCUUUUCACAGGUUUCAUCAAAGUGCUGUUGUACAUGGCGUUUAUGACAAUAAUGAUCAAAGUGCAUACCUUCCCCCUAUUUGCUAUUCGACCUAUGUAUCUUGCAAUGAGGCAAUUUAAAAAGGCUGUGACGGAUGCAAUAAUGUCUCGUCGAGCCAUUCGCAACAUGAACACACUCUAUCCAGAUGCCACUCCUGAAGAUUUGCAAGCAUCAGACAAUGUGUGCAUCAUUUGUCGAGAGGAGAUGGUAACCGGAGCGAAGAAGCUGCCCUGCAACCACAUCUUUCACUCAAGUUGCCUUCGGUCAUGGUUCCAGAGGCAGCAGACAUGUCCAACCUGUCGUAUGGAUGUUUUGCGAGCAUCACAGCCCAAUCCAACGCCUACUCCAGCACCUCCAGCUGCCCCUGCAGCACCUGCAGCACCAGCUAAUGCCCCUGCUCCCCCAGCUGCUAAUGUUGCACCAGGCAUGAUGCCCCAUUUUCCUCCAGGCCUUUUCCCUUUUUGGGGACCCUUCCCUGGUGCUGCACCCCCUGCUGGUCCACCUGGAGCUCAAGCUGCUGCCAGCACUUCACAGACCAGUGCAGAUGCAACCCAGACUUCAGGGGCAGAUUCAGGGUCCAGUAGCUCCAGUCAGCCUAGUGCAGAAAGUGCUGCCACUGCUCCAGGAACAGCAAUGCCCGGAUUCCCCUUCUCCAUGCCCCCACCUUUUCCCACUGCUCCAUGGCUGCCCAUGCCUCCACCUCCACCCUUUAUGUCAUCCAUGCCUCCUCCGCCAGCAUCACUUUCCACAAUGUCUGAAGAAGAGCUGAGAGAACUGGAGCAGGAGGGCCGGCGGGGUCUGGAAGCCAGGCUACAGUGCCUUCACAACAUUCACACACUGUUGGACGCUGCCAUGCUCAACAUCCACCACUACCUCACCACUGUUGCCACGCUCAGUCCUCCUCGGUCAGAAAGCAGCCCUGUUGAGGCCAGCGGCCCAAGCGGAGCGGAGUCCUCUGCUCCAGCAGGCAGCAACGAGGCCUCUGGCCAGGAGAGCGGACCACAAACUAUUGGUGCCAUCAACGGAGCAACAGGCUUUUCCCCAACCAGUUCAUCCACGGAAGCAGAGAAGACGGAGGAGGAUGGAGGAGAGGAUGAUGGGGAACCAAAUGCUGCAGAGCUAAGACGCCGCCGCCUACGCAAGCUAGAGACCACGCCACCUCCUAAUGACUGAAUAUUUAUCCAAUAAAGCAGGCGUGGCACUUCAGAAAAGACUUUCUAGAGUAAAACUCCUUCUCACACACCUUGGAUCUUUGGGUGCUUGAGAUCAGAAUGUCUCCCUAGCGGCUCUUAUAAUGUUCAGAUCUUAUUUAAGUGCAGCAUGUCAAGCCGGUUUCAGAGAUGACUUGUAUAAGGUGUCUGGGAGAUUCUGAGAUAGAAAACCAGUUCCUAAGUACACAAGUGCAGAAUCAGUAAUAUAAGACAUGCCAGAGGUCAGUUUAUUUUUUAAACUACAUAGUCCAUCUGUUUUUUCCUUGCUUCAUCCUCUGAAUAUGGUAUUUGUUUUCUUGAAAUCUGUCACACAGAAUGAGUACAGAAAUAUGAAGAUGAUUUGUGGAUUUGCCAUAUGUCCUUAAAGGUGGAUAUUUUUUCCAUUCUUUGUGCUUUCAAUAACUUUUUUUUGUUAGAUCUGAAUUUUGCUAUGAGAGGGAGAUCUUAUGUAAAACGUGGAGUAAAUUAACGUACAUGUACAUACUGUAUAAAGUGUUUUAAUAGGAGAAUAUGUACAUACUGCAGAAUAAACUGGUCAAUUCAAAUUA